AUGCAGAUAUUUUCGGGUCUACAAUCGACAGCAGUAUCUGGCCCCAUACACCUCAAUUGUCGUUUCUCUAUCGAGCAGAUGGCCGUGGGACACGGUCAGUAUGUAACUUAUCUCAACUUAUCGGCCAGAGGAUCUCAGGGCUACCCUCGUCGCUCCACCCUGGCUGACUGUCUACCUGACCCCUACCGAGUCGGUCUAGAAGAGUGUGAGGCCUUCUGGGAAUGUACAAUUGCUGUGUCUAUCUGGGAAGUUGCGAUUUGCGAACAGGUCGGGAUCACGCCAGCCGGUUAUUACAACUUGCAGGCGUUGAAUCUUUAUUCGGACUACAAUGAUGAGAUCGCCCAACUGGUGAAGAAUCUGUUCAAGGAGUAUUGCUCUCAUCCGGUCAAGAUCCAUAUGGGUUCCAAGUUCGAAAGCCCACACAUUGUCAAAUUCUUGGUUGGGUACCCAGCCAACCGAUCCAGGUCUCUCCAGACUUGGAGGGACCUUCUUCAGGAAAAUAGCGAUAACGAUGGUCCGCUACCAUUACACGAGACAGGAGAUGCUAAAAAGCCUCGUUCCAUCAUCUGUAUCGAUGAGGCCCGCGCUCUUUUGGAUAGCGAAGGAUGCAUUCAGUUUCGUGCAUUCCGCCAGGCCUGUCGCAACCUUUUCAAGCGGCUCAAUCACAAGGAUAGCCCUGACCUCACACGACUUGUGGGAAACUACUUUGCCGUUUGCUUGGACACGACACCGAAAGUAGGAACCUUCUCACCACCGCUAUGCCACGACCCCAGUCAGAAAACCAUCAAGCAAGGAGAUUCAAUUCCGCACACGCUUUUCCCCCCGGUCAAUGCGAUCAAUACCUGGGAUAUCUUUGCCUCUCGGCCAUGCUCAGAGCCUGACGGCUCAGACCAGUCAAAGAGGGAGCUAUUUAAACUCGGCAGGCCUCUAUGGGGGGGCCGAUUGGAUACAGGGAGCUCUCUUGAAGAGGUAAUGGAGCUUGCGAGCCAGAAAACUAUAGGAAACAGUCCAAGCCACGCCUUGGCUCUGUUUUCAUAUAGAGUCAAUUUCUACGUAACGCAGAAUUCUCUGGCGGAAGAGCUCGUUGGAAGCUGGCUACGAUAUCUCCUUUACAUCAACCCAAGCAGGGAACUGAUGCGCACUAUUCAACCUAGCGAGCCAGUGUUGGCACAUACGGCGGCGGAGAAAAUGCGCGACCCGGCAAUUCGAUUCUAUGUGGUGAAAAAUCUCGCCCGAGCCUGCUUUGAGGGGAGUAUCAACAUGGGAGAUAUUGGCGAGAUGGUUGCAGCAUUGAUUCUGCUCUUUGCAUUCGAUGCCACCGAUCCAGAAAAUCAUCCGUGCCCUGUACGCUUCCAAAGGUUUCUUUGCUCGCUUUUGGGGAGCGAGAUCUGUCAAGACAUUGGAAUGCGGGCAGCAAGCGACCAAGACAUGUUCACGCUCUGGCAGGAUGGUCAGGUAUUUUUCAACCACUUCAUUCGGGCUGAAACAUCUCCAACCUUGCCUAUGCUACACGCUGCUUACCGCCGAGGAGCAGCUCUCUUCCUGCCAGAGAGAUUCCCAGGAGCUGACGUUCUUGUCCCCAUCAAGCUCCCCGAUGACGAGGUGACGUUCUUGGUCAUCCAAGUGAAGAACCGCAAACAUGACCGUCUCACAAACUCGCUGAAAAGCCAAGCUGUCUCCUCCAUAGACAGUGCAGUUACAGCGAUGAACAUUCCAGCUCAUCAUAUUGGGCUCAUGAUGUGUCUUCGCGGUGAUGUUCUUGAGGGAGACGACAGCCUGGGAUCUGAAGUACUUGCACCUCUCAAGCGUACCACAAGCACCCGGAGCGGAACGCAAGGGCAGCAGUAUGCCUGGCCGACCAAAAACAAGAAGGUGAUCAUUACAACCGUUGGUCUGGAUGAGACUAUCUAUCCUUCCGUCAACCAGAUCUCACUGGACGCCGCGGUGCUCCCAGGCAGUGAGUUCGACACGUUUCCCAUCCUCCGACAGCUGCUGCUGUGUAUUCCAGGGACAUCAUUGCCUGAGGACGCAGACCGGGACUACGCACGUCGACUGAUGGAGUUGGUUCAGGAUUAG